CGGCUUCUAGUUUCAUUCGAAGUUGAACCUCAGCGAAGUGAUGAGCCGAUGAAAGCGAGUGAGCCGAGUGUCCGCACGUAUAACCGAGUGUAGCGAGAGAGCGAGAGACUGUGUUUUGUAACUGAGGGUAUAGUAGCGAGCAAGAGAAGAAGGACAAGUGUGUGAAAUCGAGUCAGCCAGCCCAGACAGACCAGCCAUCUUGGAAAAAAGCUGAAAUUCGAUUUUCGAUUCGCUAAAUACCUAGUUUGUGCGCAAUUUUGUGAUCCUUUCGUCGGUGAAAACGAAACCCGUUGUGAUUUGAAGGUUAAUUUAAGGUUCUAAUUUAAGUUUGCAAUCUGUGCCGUAGUUGUUCUGAAAGGAGGAGAUUCCCGACGUCCGACAACCAACAUCGACCGUGUGCUGUGUGUAAGAGCCCCAUUUCAACGCUAACAGAAAAAGAAGAAGAAUCCACCAUUUUUUAAGUUUCGGUUUCGCAGUCAGUAGAAGAAGAAAACGAAGAGUACCAACCAAUAGAGCCAGCAGUAACAGCAGUUGGUGAAAAAGUGCAAAAUUUAGAAAUUCACUAACGGUGUGCGGAGUUUAUGGUAUUUUUUUUCGUGUGGCGAUUUGAGCAGUAAGCUAAAGUGAGAAACUUGAACCGAUUUUUUCUGGCACUGUGAAGAAGUGCGUUGUAAGUGCACUAGGAAGGGCAAAGUGGAAGCACGAGAAGAAGAAAAAGUAACAGAAGCAGAGAAAAAUUGUAUUUCAAGUCAAGAGUGUGUUUGCUGCCGAGUGGCACCUUUUACUGAAUCAAGUCCGUUCGAGGUUUGAUGUUGAAACGUUUUGAGACGGCGUAUUUACACACAGUGGAGCACCGAGUCCGUUCGUACAAUCGAAUCCUGAGAAAAUGAGAAUAGAAGUUAAUUCGGCUGCGGAUUUUCUGAUGAAUUUGCUGCGAGUAAAAAAAGCAAAUCAGCUAUCCGAGAGCCAGCUACAGCAUUUCAAGGGUUCGCUAGAGCAGAUUUUGACGCGUCAUUUCGCACGUCAUUGGUAUCCUGAUGUUCCUACCAAGGGUUCUGGUUUCCGCUGUUUACGGAUCAACGGCAAGAUGGAUCCGAUUAUCGAGAAGGCUGGUAACGCUGUGGGUUUAAACUCGGUCGCACUUCGAAAGAUGCUACCCCUAGAGCUGACAAUCUGGAUCGAUCCGGAUGAGGUGUCGUACCGAAUUGGCGAGAACGGUACCAUCUGUGUGCUGUACGAUCAGCAACUGAGCCGUGCCAGUCCUUCGUCGGAUCUCGAUUCGACGGGUAGCAGUAGCUGUGAUGAAUUCAUUAUGGAACGAGUCGGCCGACUGGAUCUGUCGACGUCGUCCGAUAGUGGAACUAGUGUUAUGGUAGAUUUUAUGGAUGCCAAUCCAUCGAAUUCGCUUGUAACGCAGAGCAAGCACAACAAGUACAACAACAACAACCAUCAUCAUAAUAAUCAUCAUUACGUGAAACGUCAUAACAACAGCGUCAGCUCGUCGUCUAGUGGACAAACUAGUCCACCGCUUAGUCCACCAUACAACGGCUAUAACAAUAGCAACAACUUCAACAACAACAGAUAUCAACAUAAUAACCAACACAACAACUUCUACUCGCCAUCCGUUCAUCAGCAGCAACCUUACUUCCCCUGGGACAACCAGUUCGUGAACAACAAAGUUCGUACGCAGUGUUAAGUUCAAAUACGAUGUACCGGUCCCGUUCGCUCUCCCUGGUUCGCAUGAAGAAAGGGUUAACUAUCCACCAAAAACUAUUCAUAUCAAACAUCUCGAGGGGCGAACCAAGGGAGGGCGGAUAAAUCAACAUCUCCAUCAUCAUCAUGGGUGGCAACACUUCGAGGUAGAUGGUCCCAUCUGCGGAGUGCGAGAAUCAACGUCAACGAGGACAACUUCUGAAUGCGGUUAGAACAUCAACCAAGUCAGGUAAUUCUUCAAUUACCAAACGAUCGAUACUCUAUUUAUGAUGAGAGUAAUAGGUAGUAGGUUAAGUCCAAAAUUGUAGAAGACAAUGGGAAAGCAUUUCAUGAUAAACCACAGUAACUAUAUAUAUUGUAACAUCUCCCAAAACUUUGAACGAAACUCGAUUAACUUGAGAGACGGAAGUGUUGCUGACUUACAAAACCAUACAUACUUGAAAACUGAAUAACAAUCAUUGGAAAAAUCACACAAUAACCGGAAAACCAACCCGCAUGGAACUGAACAAGGCAAAACGAAUAAAUGGAAAACUGAAACAGGAAUCUAUAUGUAAUAAUUAUGGUGUAGAAAUAUUGCUUCAAAGCUGCGAACGAGUUUGUUGUCGUCGAGUGGUGGGGGAAUAUCCGCCUCCCCACUCGGAACUACCGCGAAAUAGAACCGCGCAAGGAUUGUGAACCAAGAAUGCGCUUUUACAACACAGGCUGCUAUAUAUUCAACGUACGAUAAAACAAUCGUUGUAGGGAUUUAACGAAAAGGUCAUCAGCGUCGUAAUGAGGGAGAGAGAGAGUGAGAGUUUGCAUUGUAGGAUAGGUAGAAGAACGUUAGGCAACGACAAAUCGGAAAGGGAUUUUCAAGAUCGAGAAUAUAGGAUAGCUUAGGGAACACCCCCACUAUUUAUACCCUUAUAUCCAAAUUGCCAAAUGUUGAAACAAAUGCACAAAGUGGUCUUGGUUGCUGAGCCAGUUCUAGUGGCUGCCACUGCCUUUUGACUGUUCGAAAGUUGACUUGCUGCCAAUACCGAGCUUACGUGCUCUGAAAUGGUUGAACGUCGAGUUGUGCCAGUCAGAAAGCAUGGUACGUUGCUAAUGAGAAGCCUUGAUUGGAUUAGCGGGCGAUAACGAAGGAAAUAAUUGCAUUUAAGUCAGUCUGAUCUGUGCUUCUGCACAAACCGUGAGUCAGUCGCCACGCAAAUUUGCUCGCUGUCUGCUUCUUCAGCUUCGCGGCUCUCGAUGCGUUUUGCCGUAUUUUGUACUCUUCUGCUUCUUUCGGUUAUGCAACGGAUCUUGGAAGCGUUAAUUUCCUUUGUUCGUUUCGAGCCUUUUUUUUCGGUCCGUUUCCUUCGAUCGUAUCAAAAUUUCCUGUUCCUACCUACUUACUAUCAAGUUUGCAUUUCGUAAAAAAAAUGAUCACCUGUUGUUCCUGUUUCCUUUUUGCUUUUGUUGAAUGGAGCUUCCAAAGUGGGACCCGUGAAGCAAAGAAGCUCAUAAGCAGCGACAAUGGCUCAGCUGGCGAACUGGUAGGCAACCAAGAGACCAGAACACCUUUCGAAGCGAAUGCGACGUGUACAACAACAACAGUAACGAGUAAGUGGCAGGGAAAAAGGUCAAUCGUUGAAUAAGAGGAGCGACAGAAAGAGUAUAGAAAAGGAUCGAAAGCCAUAAAUUUUAACAUCCGAAAUGUGUUUCGAAACUCGUCCCUGGUGGUACGCGCACGAUACGGGCCCGUAGAGAGCCAAUCAUGACGAUGUGAUGAUGGUAGUCUCUUUUAGGCAAAACACAAAAAAAAGUUGCUGUUCAUCAUUGCAACAACGAAAAAAAACUAGUUUUUUUAGUUCGCUUCAUUGGUAUUGGUGCGGUUUCGCACCUCGUUCGAUCCGUCUUCGGCGCGUCAUGUAUUGGUAUUCGUACUCGCGAACCACCAUCGUCGUCUUCGCCUUCGUCAUCGCAUGGCUGCUACCAUCAUCGCGGGCAAGCAGCAUUGUGGUAGACGUGAGCAAAAUAAAGAAAACGAAAACGGGCAUUUGUUUUUGUCUGUCUCCUUUAUCUUGCUCUUGCCUGGCGAUGAUGGAGUUCGUGUUCCAUGGAUAUCGUAGACUGCUUCUUCGUUUUCUUUGGCGAUCAGCAAACGUGUCUAGUAGUAAAUUACAUUUGGUGCGCCGUCUCUAUUGCAGGGUUGCCACAUGUACAGAUUCAUCUGUUUUUUUUUUUAUUUUUCUUACAAAAUGUCUAUAAUAAUUUCGGAAACUUUCUAGACACCAAUUUGUAUAAAUUUUCAGUAAUGUUUUAUGAAGAUUUCUAUUAUAUUUAAUCGUUGAUACAGAUUUUCUGCUGUGAAAUACAGCUAUACAGAUUUUAAAUUUCAAAGUGGCAGCCCUGGUCUACACUGCUGCUGCGCGGUUUUGCUUCCACCUCUGGAGCCCUCUCUAGGUCUACGCUAUUGUUGAACGUGGAGCUACGGCUACGUGAUUGACUGCUCGUGUGAGGUGUUUACUAUUCUGCGGCGAGUGUUUCCACCAGAGAUCGCUGUACUACUUAUGGCUUACGUUAAACACCUAUACAGAUUCAAUAGUAGGUAGAUUAACGUCUCGAGCAGUGCUCCGUUGCGAAUCUAAUGGCCGUUGAGCUGCUCGACUACUACCUAUUCGUACCACGAUUUGCACAGACGACGAAGUAGGCUAUACGUUGGGGUUGUGUAAGCCGCGUAGUGUUACCAAUGGCAACUCUGCAACAUGGCCUGCUGCGGUUGAGCAUUACCACCAAUACAAUGGAGCGCAGCAGACGGACCGGGUUGCCUCGACGGACCGUAUACAUGGGUAUCUUGAAAGGUGUGAGCUUUUUAUAGUGCUACGAAGCAGUGAGCAGCGGGGGUUGAGCACACGGGAGGAAGUCAUAAGCACUACCCUCGGCGAUGAGUCAUCUCUUGGCGCCUACUGCUGUCGUAGUAUUGGGAUUCGUUCGGCUUGAGAGAUCAGUUUCGAAACACAUUUCCAAACAAUGGCUGAAUCUAAUGAUCUAACAAUUUCUUUCGCUCAGCAAGGGAAAUCGAGGAAAACAUGAAAUCCAUUCUAUAAUCGUAAACAAUACAAAGACCCACCGUCCAACAAUAAUAGUGAUCCCGUUUAGGGAUGCAGGCUGAACAUCUAGCUAGAGAUAGAACAAGAACGAUGCGACGAGAAGAACCAAGGAAGGCAACCUAACGUGGAACAAUUUCUAUACAUUAUAUGUAUAUUCCAUAGUUUUUUUAAUCGUUGAUAAUCUCUACAUAAAGUGGUUUAGGUUCAUCUUCCUGAGUCUUUUUCGAAAAUUUUAACUACGUCAUUUCGGGAUCAUAAGGAUUAGAAUUCGGGCUUCCGGGUGAAGAAGUUGCACGUUGUGGUGGAAGGACGAGCGAACGGACAAGGAAUGAAUGCGAAGAAACGGUACAAAGUCGUUACACUAUUGUCAAUUUUAUUAGCUUUACCCGCAAUUGUGGUGGUGUGGAAGAGAAGAGGCAUUUGUUGUAGUCUUCCGCGUUGUGACGAGCUAAAGUGCAUGCGAAAAAAAAAAUACACGAUACGAAACGAAACAAAUCAACACACAUCCAACUAACGAACGAUCUCUCUUUGAAGGCAGUGCGGAGUGCGCGCAGAGUGGGAUAACACGGGCUUAGACACAGCAUUCAGUAGAGGAGUACACGCUGAACGAACGGUGACGGCGCGGCGAGUACGGAAACUGGGAAUGAGGCUGUACAAACUGCAAAGACCGCAGCCGAGCUGAGCGCUCUAAGGGCGCUUGACUUUGCUAGCGCGCUCGCUCUACUAGAGGCGGCAGUGAUUAAUUUGAAUGAUAUUGAGCUGUAAACGUGAUUUCCUAGUUGGGAGUUGCGAUCGGUUGGGAUUCAGAGCGGCGGUAAUCGCUGAGCAAUGAGGUUAUGUUUUCUCUGAAGCGUUUACAUUUGAAGGCAGGGAGGCAGAUAUUUCUUCUUUGAAAUGACUGUGCUUAGUCAAUGCACAAAUUUCACUUGAAAGUUGAGCAAGAUUUGAUACUCUAUAGCGUUAUAUAUUUCUACAACGCUUAAACUUUGGAAACAUAGCAUCCGUGUGCGUCCAAUUUGAAUCUAUGGGAAGCUGUCAGAUUCAAUGAAAUUGUAUGCAUUAAACUUUUAGUUAAUAUCUGUUGCUCAUAGAACACUAUCUGCUCAUAGAACACUAAGCUGAGAAGCAAGUUUUAUCCAAGUUUCGUCAAGAAGAUGAAGUGCGCAUUGAGCGAGUCACUUUAAGGUUUGAACGGAAUGGUUAUAACGAGUGUGAUAAGUGACAGCUCGCUUAGUUUCUCGUAUUUUUUUAAAUAACUUGAACAGUUUGAACAAUCCAAGUUAUCGCGAAAAACUUUUAUCGCCUUACGUGCUGAUAUAGUGCUGUUAGCAGCCGAUAUGCUCUAUAUUAGUCGCACAAUAAGCUCAGAAAGGCAAAAUAUCGUGCUAAUAUGGAAGUCUUAAUAAUUUUAUGGAAAUAUUACCUGUUGGAUUUCAGACAAUCCGUCUACCGAGAUCAGCAUCUGAAUUAAAGUGUUUAGCGGAUGCGAAACGUUCAAUCAAUCGGCAAGUGACAUAAGUCGCAAGUCGAUCGAUCCCCUCUGAUAACCGCAAGGAAACGUCAAAAGUACUUCUCGAAUGCAUGGUCGAAAACUUUUCCUAAUCACCACAUUUUCAGCCAGCAAAAACAUGUCCAAACAGGUUCCUUGCCAGCUAAACUAGGCGACGUUCGAAAGCUACCGCCGUGGUAAUCUCGCAAUAUCCCCUACGGUGCUGCCGCCUUAAUUAAUGAGGAAAUGUUCGGAAAUCAGCCGCUUUUCCUACGUCGAUCGACAGUACUGCCAGCAAACUGCUUUCCUCGACCACGCCGAUAAAGUGGCGACGAGGACGGCGCGUGCAGACUGAUUGAAAAACUGAUCGCUGCUACCGAACAGUGUGCACAGUGGUCCUUGAGCCGUUUUUCGCUUGGACAAAAUUGUCUACGAAUGAACGUCUUCGGGAAAGUUCCUCAGCUUAGCAAAGCUUCACUUGAUAUCUCAGAACGUCACAACAAGUGUAUUUCCGGUCUGUUAGUACCAUUGAAAAGAUCUACGUUUCACCUUUCAAUGAUAAAAAUACAGUGUUUUCUGUUCGAAGCAUUUAACAACAUUUUGAAAAUACUUUUCAUAGAAAACAUUGAAAAUAUGAGUUGCUUGUGAAACUCCGCCCGCCCGAGUCCGUAUUGCUCAUUGGAUUUCACCUGGCGAGGCGGACGGCGGUUGUUGUCGACGUCGUCGUAACUCGUCAGUCAGCAGUGCGUUGCCAUAUUUGGCGCGUGAUGGCGCGACAGCAGAGAAAAUCUCAUCUCUAUAGCAACGACGACGACUCACGCAGGGUGAAAUCAGGGUUGGCGUCAGCUGCAGCUACAGCGCCGUUCAACUCAGUAGGCAUCGGAUCGGAACAGAUGCGAGCUGUGAAACAAUAGAUCGGCACGAGGUUCAUUGGCGCCGAACAAAAGAGGGGAGGAGCCAUACAUUACGAACACGUUAAUCUCUCUUUUGUUUUCUCUGGAAGAUGUGUAGGUGAAACGGUAUACCGCAGAUCCACAAUCAUCACUACUCCCACACUUCUAUUGUUUCAUUUUUUUGUGUUUUAUUUUUAGCGCCAAGCGAACCACAUCGCAAUGGCCGUUCAUGAGAAAUUGACGUUUGACGCGUGAAAUGCUUAAAUAUAGUUGGCCCUUGGCAGAUCAAGUUUCUAUUCUGGUUCGCUGAGUGAUUUGUCAUUCAAAAUUACCAUAUUUCAACAGUUUGAAACAUAUCCAUACGUUUCGCUUGGAGGGGUCCAAAAAAGGCCGUCAGAUGACGAAAGAGAAAAAAAAUGGCGAAUCGAGUACCGACCGACCGCGCUCGCCAUUGCAAUGGCUGCGGUGGCGUCGUUGCGUGACUUCGUUCGUCGCUCUUUUUUUCGUCUGUCGAUUUGCAUUUCAUUAGCGUUUAUAAAUUGCCUUUUUCGCGUUGCUUUCCUCCCUGCAAUGAAAGGUUUGCGUUUGCUCUUUGGAGUGGAAAAUUACCACGACCAUCGAUGAGAUAAGAGCUUCAAGACGAACGGACGGACGUGGUGAUCGUGGUAACCGCUGACGUUGCCAGCUGUCAUUUCAAGUUCGAGUUUGACGUUUCGCUCGAAAGCAAAAAUAAUAUCUCGGAAUUUGUCCAAUGAUAACAACAGGCUGCUUUGUGCCCGCGAGUGACCUAAAACGUGACGUAUUCUGUUUGUGACUGACAACGCGCGUCGCUUGCCUCGAUCCGGUUCUAAGUGGAUGCGCAUUGCCAUUAUUCCACGACUUUAGUACGUGUAUGAGUGUGACGUGAAUCUAGUUAGCCUCGCGGUGAAACGAAGCGUCGCUGACGGCCGUUUGACGUCACACGCAGGGAAGCAACAGCUCGCUAAGUCUGUUUCUAGUUAGAAUGUUGUUUUUUUUUUAUUAUUUGCAGUGAGAGUACGGCCAAUUGUUUUUCCCCGAUCAUUAUCGCUUCGCUGAGGGGAGUAGCAACAAGCGUGGGAAAUUCUGAAUUUUUCUCGCCAAGCGAUUGCCACUUUUGCUUUCAUCGGACCGAAGCCAAUUAGCGCUUCGACGAAACAUGUACGCCACGAUUAGGGCGCCAUCUUGGAUCGUGUUCUGACUUUUUUCUUCUACAAAACCACUCAGCCUGCUACGACGUCUACGAGCGGAGCGGAGAGUGGAGAGUGAAAGACUCAGCAACCAAGAAAUUGCGUCUUUAGAAACGAGUGGUGAGAUGCGCAAUAGAACAGGAGGAGAAACGGCCGAUGGCUGGAUAAUCAUCUUCGCUGGAUUGCAUGGCAAUAACGACGAUAACCACUGUAAUAGAAUCGCAAAGUCAGCUCAAUGUCAGCAGUUCUCCGCUCCCAAGCCGUAUUUGCGGCACUCGAAUGCCCUCGAGCUUUGCCAACUGCACACCCCUCUGCCUUCAAAACAAACACAUCAAAACUUGUAUAAUAUUCUUGAACCUGUGAUGACUUUCUAUAUUUUUUUUGUUAUUUUUGUAUAAAAAAUGAUAUGCUAAAAGUAGGUUUAUUUUUGUACUUCCUUUGUAAAUAGAAAUGAUAUUUUUGGAUUUAAGAAAAGAUAGAGAGCCUCAAUUGAACCAAAUUUCAUAAACUUGCUCUUGCUCUAUACUCACUUACUUACCGGCUAUUCGUUUUUAAGUAUGAAAUUUGAAUAAAAAAUCGGUGAUUUUGAUUGUGCUAUCUUUUCUUAGCAGAGUGUACAUUUAUUAAUUGCAAAAAUAACUUAACGAGACUGACUUUGUACCGCUUCGUGUGAAAGAAUGAGGAAGCCGAUUCGUUUAGUGACCCGAAAGCGGCAUGAUGAUGAAUAGCGUGACAAUUGUUUCGUUUGCGAAUCAAAACACUAGCUUUAAGGUUUUAUAAGUUUAUAUUAGGUAUGUAAAUGUUUUGCAAAACAAGAAAAACAAAAAAAACUGAGAACAGUGGAAUAAAAAGAGGAUAAACACACAAAAGAAACAAAGUGGACGCCGAGGGAAUGUAAUGAGAAAAAAUCGUUAAUUUACUAACGACUGCCAUUUUAAGCAUAGUGAAAACUAUUUAGCCCCACUUGAGCAAAAGAAAAGGGAACCUGGGUAGGACUUAUACAAACAAAAAUGUGAAAUCGCGAAUCUCCAUUGGAGAGAGCGAAUUUUAACAAAACCUCUUUUUUACGUUUUUGUACAUAUAUCGACAUUUUUACGAGAUUGUAAACAAUAUUUACAAACAAAAAAAAAAACAAAUAAGACAACUUUUGAAAGCAUGCGCGUCUUCACCGUUUGUGCAAUGACCCACGACAAAAGUGUAAACAACAUCUAUUACUGGGCGGUUUGACAGGUGCACCUGGGUUGCCAGUUCCAUUUUUGCUGGCGCUGGUGGCGCCUUUCGGUGGUGCAGCAUCAAACCGCCCAAUGCCCUUAGCCGGCCCAUUUAUCGGAAAAUUUUCGAAACAACCAACAACUUGUUUUCGUCCUGGUUAAGUUUGUUCUCCGUGUUUCGAAUUUUGACCAUUCGGUUCUUAUUAACUGGUAAGCGUAUAGCACAGGGACACGGUUGGAAGCCGAAAACCAACAACGCUUCUGCUAGACCACCUUCGACUGUGAUUUAUUGUUUGUAGACAAAUGAUGCGUAAACGAGUUCAAUUCUAUCAAUUUUUAAUAUUUGCCUUCGUUAGAUGAUUUCAAAGUAAAUUUUCGCGUUCAUACGAAUACAACGGUAUUCAUACAUGCAAUAUCCAUUGUUUUUAAAUAAUUUUUAGAGAAUCCUUCGAAAAAUUCAAAAACAUGUAUUUAUAAAUUAUCUUAUACAAUGAACAUUAUUUUUAAACGGGUGCAACGAAAGCACACGGAAGUUGUCAUGGCAACGUUUCAUUGCUGAUGCUCGUUUGCCUGCUUCGACGAGCAGUGCUGCAUACUGGCGAAAGCGCGGUUAAACAUUUGACGCAUCUCUCUUCGUCGCGUUUUCUCGUCGGCUUUCAUAUUUGCCUACGCCAAUCAGACCACCGCAUCGCCAGACAGUUUUUUUCCCGCUUGGACGUGUUUUAACAUGUUCUCUUCUGGAACUUCCAAGAACGAAUUCGCUGCAUGGAUGUUUGUAAUACGGACAAGUUACGCUCAUUUGUCAUUUACAUACGCACAUUUGCAAAGAAAGAAAGAUGUUGGAACAAAUCUAACAAAUUUGUACUGAACUGUGAUUUUGUGAUGUAAUUUUUUGCUUUAAGAACUAUCGUUUCACUCCAUUAUCGAGUGUGGAGCGCUGAAUUGGAGUUUAGAGGGGAACUGGACUUUCCGUGAAUUGCAUACGAACCUCCGGUAGAGAUUUUCCGGUAUCUCUAACGGUGCAGAAAAUGGACUGACUUUAUUAGUAGGAACAAAAGUGGUAGGAAACAAUAACGAGUGGUGCAAACUAGAUCAUAUAGGAAUAUAGAAAAUAGAAUAAAACGAAACGGGCAAUUGAGGGUAGAAACGGUUCUGUAAAUUUUGUUUUCUUCUGUAUUCUUCUGAGGGCAGGGUCGACAAUGGCGUGAAUAUUUUCCGGUACCUGGGCAAAGUGCGUGAACGUGAUUUAGCUGCUAGGAGAUCUCUGCGCGCCGUGAUUCGAGCGCGGAGAAGCGAAAAUGAAAACUAAAAUCGUGAUAUUUGAAAGUCAUACUUAUUAGUUUAAGGUCUCUUUGUGUGUAAUCCAAGAAACUGACACAGAAUCAGCUUAUCUUAUAAAUGUGUAUACAGAACGUGUCUAUCGCGCGUAUUUAUGUGGAACAAGUCAAUCAUGUUUAUUUAACAAAACGCCAACAACCACUCCACAUCAUCCAACAAGAAGAACUAGCGAUAGAAAAGUGAGGAAAUAAAUGAAAUUUUUCAAACAAAUGGCAACAUCAACAACCCUGAAAAGUCUGAGAAUGUUUAGUUAGUUUAUUAUUUUUCUUCGAUAGGAACAAGCAGAGAGAGGUUAUAUUAGAGAUGGAAGAUCAAGAUUUGUUGUGAUUAAUAAAAUAACUGAAUAGUAGAAAAAUGAUGACCUACAAGAACGCUUAUUGAAUAUAUUUGAAUGUGAUACUAUAUAUUUUUAUACAUUUGGAUACAAAUGCAAAACGGCUAAGAAACGAGCGACAUCAGUGCUAAAUUUUUAAACACAUACGUCAAAUCCAACUAAACCAGUACAAUAAAAGCUAGCUUGAACGCAUAUAGAGGUUAUAUACAAAACAGAUACACAAACAUCAAUAUCAAGAAACCAACAUACGCUACGAAACCGGGAAACCUGGAUUAACACAAGAGCAAACACAAUAACAAAAACAAUUAAAAAACAAAAAAAAAAUAUAAAAA